CCCUUCGUUCAUAUGCGUUGAGUCAUAUCCGUCGAAAAAAAUUGUAUGGUCACAGAAAGAGUAGACUGAAGAUUCUCUGAAACUUUCAUGUCUCUCAGCUCUAGAAUCUAGAGACUGAAAAGUUCAGAAAUGGUGACUGCUCUUUCACAACCAUUUUUUAGUUCUUCAAUCCUGCAACAACAUCAAAAUCGAUGUUAUUUAUGCAACUUAACGGCUCCAACCGUUAAAAAAAUAAUCUCCAGAAGAAACUUGGAUUCGUCCAUUUGUAUUCAAUCCGUCUCAAGAUGUUUACCUCCAAAGAACUCUAAUAGCUCAUUAGAAACUCCAACUGAAGAAACAAAACCUCAAAAUUUACGGGAACAAGUGAAAUACUCAAAUCCUGCUAGUUCAGUUCGUAGCCUUAUACAUCGAUUGAGGAAUGAAUUCAGUGCCGGCGAACUUGGAUGGGAGGUGUUGUCUAUAGCCCUUCCUGCUGCAUUGGCUCUAGCUGCUGACCCAAUUACCUCACUCGUGGAUACUGCAUUUGUUGGUCGUCUAGGCUCAGUUGAAUUGGCUGCUGUUGGGGUGUCGAUUUCAGUAUUCAAUUUGGUGUCAAAAUUACUGAAUGUUCCACUUCUUAACAUUACAACAUCUUUUGUUGCUGAAGAACAAGCACUCGCUUCUGAAAGCAAUAUUAACAGCUUAAAAGAUGGUACAGGUACCAAUUCUGCAUCCGUGCUUCAAGAGUCUAUUGGCGAGAAGCAAAACAAGAAACUCCUUCCUGCAGUUUCAACCUCUCUGGCUUUGGCGGCUGGCAUUGGCAUUGCAGAAGCUAUUGCUUUAUCCUUCGGUUCCGAGUUCCUUAUGAAUAUCAUGGGUAUACCUGUUGAUUCACCAAUGCACGCACCAGCUGAGCAAUUCCUCACUCUGAGGGCUAUUGGUGCUCCACCAAUAGUAAUUGCUCUUGCCGCACAAGGAGCUUUUCGUGGACUUAUAGAUACAAAGACACCUCUCUAUGCCGUAAGUGCUGGGAACUUGCUGAAUGCAAUACUGGACCCGAUUUUGAUAUUUUCUUGUGGACUGGGCAUCAGUGGAGCUGCCAUUUCUACGGUGCUUUCUGAAUAUUUGAUUGCAUUUGUUCUUCUCUGGAAUUUAAGUUCAAGAGUAAUACUUGUCCCUCCAAAUAUUGUUGUCGUGGGAGUUACUCGAUAUCUUAAAUCUGGCGGUCUUUUAAUUGGCAGAACCAUAGCAGUACUUGUUACUUUGACUCUAGCAACAUCAGCUGCUGCACGUGAGGGUCCUAUAGUUAUGGCUGGUUAUCAAAUUUCUUUGGAAGUUUGGAUGGCACUUUCUCUGCUUAAUGAUGCUUUGGCACUAGCUGGUCAGGCUCUUCUCGCUAGUUCUUAUUCUCAAGGGAAUUACGAACGGGCACGUGAUGUAAUUUACCGAAGCUUACAGAUUGGCUUAGGAACUGGAGUCGUUUUGGCUAUUGUCUUGUUCGCUGGUUUUGACUCAUUUUCUAGCUUAUUUAGUACGGAUCCUGCUGUCUUGGAGAUUGCCUCAUCAAGUCUCUGGUUCGUUGCUGGAACUCAGCCACUGAAUGCUGUUGCAUUUGUUCUUGAUGGACUUUAUUAUGGGGUUUCAGAUUUUGCAUAUGCAGCAUACUCCAUGGCUUUGAUUGGACUGGUUUCAUCAUUGUUCAUACUGGUGUCUGUUCCGGUGUAUGGUUUAGCUGGAGUUUGGAUGGGAUUAUUUCUUUUCAUGAUCUUACGAGUAUUUGCUGGGAUUUGGAGACUGGGAAGCAAGAGUGGACCGUGGAAAACUGUUUGGUCUCAGAUAGAGCAGAAAAGUAACUGAGUAGAAGCAAAGGACCCAACUAGCUUCAAGGGAAAAUGAACAAGAAACUAAGACCCCUUUUGUUAGGAUGUGUUCUUUAAGUGCACUCUCCAAGUCAGUGGUUUCAAACAUUUCAAAAGGGUUAAAACAAGAAACGAACAUCCUCUUCGCAAUGGAAAAGUGACGCAGGUCACUUAGUUAUAGCAGUUAAGUCUUAAGGUCCAGUGUACAGUGAAAACAUAGCUCCCGUCUUAGGGUCAAGGGAAGCUUCAAGUGUAACAAUACUGACAACCAGUUCAACACCUAACAUUCUGUUGCAAUCAAGACGAAUGGGGAUCUACUAGUUAUAAAAGAUACAGGUGAAAUUUAACGAGAAAUCCUCUGGAGACAGCACCUUAGCCAAUUCCAGUAACGUCAGCAGUGAUGUACGUGCCUUGAAACAUUAUGCACAUGUUCAUUCAGUGGAUUGAAAAAUGUUCAAUUCUCCUUCCAUGGAACUUUCCUGUAAUAAUGUAAACCCAUAUUUGAUCUUUUUUUUGCUCAACAAUGGAAGUUGGAUUUUGAU